UUAUAAAAUAAAGUACUUAUAUCAUGACAUACUACGCUCGGCUUGUGUAUUUAUUUCAACUUCAAAACUUAAGCUACAGGCAGUCUUCUGUAUCACUUGUGGGGAGGGGAGUGUCCUGAAACAUAACAGACUAAACUUCAACCAUAAGAGAUGCCAAGGACGAAGCUAAGUAAACUGAAGAUAGCAUAAUCUUUUACCAGAAAUAAAUGCAUUUCUGUAGAAAUAUAUCUGACGACCCUUCUCCAUAGACCAUUCCAGGAAUUCCCAUAUACAUUUGCAGCUUUGAAGGUGAUUUUAAAUUAAUCUGAAUCGAUAGCCUAGACCAAAUAUCUACAUCUUGGUAGGUCCAAGGGUAAGUCCCCAGAACUACUGGCCUUGUAUUACUCACCCCACCCACUUCUGAGAGCUUAACCAAACAUUUGAUUAGUUGUUUUAAUUCCGAAUUUGAGGACAAGUGACGUAGCUGAUAUUGGGGUAGACACAUGAUACAACAUCUGCUAUGCCAAAUAAUUGGCACGGCAUUUGCCAAAAAAUUUUACUACAAAAGGGGCCCCGAACAGAUCAGUCAGCAUCGAAAGCACUACAAGCAACAACCAAACACUAAUCAUGCAGUCCAACAAAGUUCUCUUCCUUGUCUUUGGUGUCCUGGCCCUGGUCAUAGCCGCUAGCCUAUCCUCUGAGGCUGUGGAGCAAGAUAGCGAAGGUAUCAGUGAUCGUCGCUAUCGUUGGGCUUCGGAAGAGAACAACUCCGAGAACUCGGAAGACUCAGCUGAUGCCGAGGACGAUCAAGAUCAGGGAGAUCAGGAUGAUCAGGGUAACAAUUCUGAUGAAGAUGGCGAGUGGGAAGAGGAGAUUAUCGAAUACGUACCAGCCGGAGAGUCCUGGGAAGAUCUGGAGAAUGGAUCUGAUGAAGCUUAAAUUGAUUUAAAUUUGUAUCAAUAUUUUUUUUUAAUUUAUAACUAUGUAUACAUGUUUAUUAAUUUGUUAUUAUGAAGAAUCAACCAAUUAAAUAUGAAAUCCAU